AUGAAAAUUUUGAUGAACUUUGAUGAUUGCCUGGUAUCAGGUACUGACUAUGUGUGUGUUCGUUGGCGAGUCCAGGUUUACAAGGUUACAACAUUUGAAAGGAGCACGGUAGGGUCCCAUGGUCUUCCAGGUGCGUUGGACAAUGACCUUGAGCAGGACCUGGAUGCAGCAGUUGCCCACGAUCCAGCGUCCGUACUGGACAUGAGCACUAUGGCAAGCUUGCCACCGAGUUUCCACACUCUUUGCACGCGACCGGACCAAGGACUAACGAACAGCGACACCGAAGCCAUGAAGCCACCAGUGAUGGCACCCCCGCGUCCUGAAGGGGAGGCAGUUCUGCUGGAUUUCAAAGCAGACAACGUUCCCAAAACGUUGAGAGAAGCAGCUGAUGCAGAAUGCCGUGAGCUUCACCACGCUGCCAAGCAUGGUCUACAAGAUGUGCUUAGAGCCCUUCUGGAGGGUCAGGCCGAUUUGGAAGCCAAAGAUGAACAUGGCCAAACAUCUCUGCACCUGGCAGUGACUGCGCUGCACGGCGAAGUUGUAAAGGUCUUGUUGGACUAUCAGGCCAAUCUAAAAGCCACCGAUCAUCAAGGUCGCACAGCACUGCACCUGGCCGCAGACAAACCCCAGGAUGGCGAUAAGUUUCAACUCAAACAUAGCCAACAUAGCUACUCCAGUUUGGUCUCUGUGACGACCAUGGUGGCGAGGAACUGGUUGAGUCAGAGGGUCAGCAUCGGCGGGCAGAAUAGCCUUGAGAUCAUAGAUGGUACGGCCCAUCUUGAUGUAGCCAGGCUGCUGUUGGACCACAAGGCAGAAGUGGAUGCGGCCGAUAACUUUGGCAGAACAGCCUGCCACAUUGCAGCAGAGAAUGAAGACUCGCAGGUGCUGGCCUUGCUCUUGGAACAUGGUGCGGAUGUCACGUUGCAAGACCAUGACGGCUUGUCACCUGUGGACGUGUGUCUGCAGGGCCGCUCUUUCGACAUCGUGGCGGUGUUUGCCGAGCAUGGCAUCUGGAGUCGUCUCAUUUUUAUGAGGCUUUUACAGUCUGCAGGCUUUGGAGCCUCAGAUCUGCUAGAUGGUCCUCAGAUCUGCUAG